CAAUGGAUGAGAAGGGAGAGAAAGAGGAAAACUCGAAACCAUCGUCUACUACAGAAAAUUUUGUGGCAUUUUCUGAUGAGAUUUCAAACAUGAGCUUCCCUUUCUCCCCUGCUUUCUCAAGCAUAUUUGACAUGAUGUCACCACUGCCACCCUCUUUGUGUGACGAUCCAGAAUUUUCUGACUUUGGUGGUUUCAUGGACAUGUUGAGUCUCCCCGAUUAUACUUGGCACCAAAACAUUGUCACCACAUCAGCACCACCACCACCCGAAAUUACCCAACCACUUCAAUCACUGCCCAGUCCUAAUGCCCCCAAUAGCUUUGAGGUUGUCAAUACUUCACUGUCACCAAACUCUUUGCCGAUUUUGUCACCACCGAAUGAAGUCACCGACAAAGCUACAGAAAACAAAAAUGAAACGAAAGACGAGACCAUGAAUAGUGACAAAGGAGGAGAAAACAAUGAUCAAGACAAGAUUAAGAAUCAGCUGAAGCCAAAGAAGAGGAACCAAAAGAAAAAAGAGUCGAGAGUCGCAUUCAUGACAAGGAGUGAAGUGGAUCACCUUGAAGAUGGCUACAGGUGGCGCAAGUACGGUCAGAAAGACUUGAAAAACAGUGCACAUCCCAGGAGCUACUAUCGUUGCACCUUUCCGAACUGCGGCGUGAAGAAGCGUGUGGAGCGUUCGACAGAGGACCCUUCGGUGGUGAUGACAACUUACGAGGGCACGCACACGCACCCUAGCACCGUCCCGUUACCACCAAAAGUGGGGUUGGUGCAGAAAGCAAGUGGGUCUGGAGGCCCAAGCGGAGUGGCUUCAGCAAACUAUGCACUGCGACAACAACAUUCGCAACGCCAACAGGAGUUGGAGCAACAAGCACUUGCAGCGGCUGCGUUAUAUAACUCCACCUCGACGUCACCUCUGAAUGUUGUUAACGCCUCUUCUUGCAUUAACUUUGGAAACAUGAACAUCUCCUCCAUCACUGGCUUCCUCAACAACCAAGAAAAUCGCCAAGCUUUUGUGCCCUCUAGAGUGGUCAAUCCUCCUCCUCAUGCUCUUUUGAGGGACAAUGGUGGCCUUCUUCAGGACAUUAUUAUGCCAUAUCGCUCAUGA